AUUUUUUAUGCAGCGCCCAGGAACGCAUCUGCCCAUCUAUCGCAUCGCAGGACUUCCCGGAUUAUCGGUGACGUUCCAAUUUUGGGGGGCUGCAUCUGCCACGGGCCUGGAACAAUACGUUUCUCGCGAGAUCGCGAUACGCCCCGUUCGCUGGCAGCCAUCGAGUCGCGAACUGGGUUCGAGUGCCAUUCGGCGGAAAAGACUUUCGCCGGAGGUCCAUUCACACUGAUCCAUCAAGUCCUCCGUUGUAGGACACUUAAUGAACUGUGCGAUCUCGGGCGUCAGGCGUACGUGCGUUUUUCAGCGCGCAGGCUGCGGCGGCCAGACGUGGCCGCGGAAGGCAGUCCGUCGUGUUUUCCACGCCCGGGAUCAUCUAAAAUGUCGUCACUCCAUGCCCAACACGCCAACCACUACCAGGAAAUGAACAAAUCCACUCGGGCACGUUUCGCCGGGGACGGUUCAUCCCACGGCCCAAAACACAACUGUCAACAAUGCUCGAUUCUGGCAGAUAGUCAUAGCGCUGUGAACCGGGGGUGCUGCGCGUAAAUUGAGGGAAGAAAUUUUGCAUCGAAGUACGUACAACCACUACAUUCGUUCCUUGUCGACGAGGGCGGGCGUAGCACGGCGUGCGGUUGGACGAGCGGGCUGAUGGACGCCGCAAGCCAUCGUUGAGACAACGAGGGUUCCCCAAUCCCCGUUCCUUUCUCAAGUUCUUCGCUUCUCCGUGGCUGACACUAUCAGCCAAACGGCAUAUGGUGCCAGUUUCGGAAACUUGAAAGCGGGAUUCACCCAGUCCUCAGCGUAUUAUCACUGAUGACACACGGAUUAUGCAUACGUCGGGCUGCUGCGGUUA